UUAAACAAGUGUACUCAACGUAACAUAAUGAAUCAAAUGUUACAACAAAGAAACUUACCACCUCAAGGGAAAAAAAUUUACACAUUGAAUGCCUUACGCGAAUUAAUGGUAUUCAAAGAAAGUUUAUAUUUUAAAAGGAAACUAUUAAAACAUAAAUUAUUAAGUGAUAUAAGAAAGUUAGGAUUCGAAUUUCUUUUAGAAAAUAUUGGUGAUAAAUGGCUAAUAACUAUUGAACUUCCAAAAUAUAUAAAUCAGUUGGUGCUGAUUGAACUUAUUAAGAAAUUUGGUUUGGAUAUAACGGAAAAAGUAAUAUCUAGAGUAACAAAAGCAUAUACAUAUGUCAUAGGAAUUUAUAAUUUGCAAUAUGGAGAUUUGACCAUAAUUCUAAAUGCCUUAAUAGACAUUUGGAAUUUUGUUAAGAUAUCAAAAAGUAAAAUGUAAUUGAUAUAAAUUUUUGUUAAUUUUACUAAAUAUUCUCAUUUUACGAAAUAAAGUUGCAGAAUAUUUCUUUAUA